AUGGAUCCCAACCAAAAUACUCAUCUAAAUUACAGAAAUCGCAAACCCGAUAACGCUUUUGCGUUAGAUACAACACCUCAUCAAUUCCCGACUAUGAAGUCACCUCAAGGCGGUUUUCUCAAUCUACUUCAAACCGGUUCCCGUAUCCAACAAACACCACUUUUCCAACAACAAUAUCAAAUUUUUCCGUCUUUCCAACAACAACAAAUUUCACAACAAUACCAACAAUUUCAACAAUUUCAACAACUACAACUACUCCAACAACAAGCGCCACAACAACAACAACCUCCAAUUUCACAACCACCACUUUCACCGGAUUUUGUUGCGGAAACGCAACCUUCACCACCACCUCAACCAAAAAAGAAAAAGGGAAAAAAUUGGCCCGACCCACUGCCACCCAAGAAAGGGUUCCAUGGACAAAAGAAGAAGAAGAAAAGUUAG